UCUUGCGUUGCCAUCAUCAUCAAGAAAGUAGAAGCAAAUAUGGCGGCCGACAGCAAGAAAGACGCGCAGGCCUCCACAGUGCUACCUCUGCAUCAGAGGGUGAUGCACGUUGUAGAUAAGCAAGGUCAACAAAUUCAAGUUCCAGCUUUGAGUAAAGGCUUUGUGGAACCAAUCUACUGGCUCAAGUACAGACCUCCGCGAAUAAUCUUCAGCUUUGACGAACUAAUGUCCAUCUGUGCCAAUGAAGAGCAUGGCCUGGCUGAAAAGCACAGUGCAGCAAUCGACGAAUGGUUGGAACGCAUGGCAUACAUUGAAGACGACUUGACAAAGAUGCUGCGGAUACCCCACAAUCGGUUCUGGUCUCAUGCCAUGUACGAUGAUGGUUUCCACCAGCUGCUUGAGUCGUACCUGAGGCUUGCACCAAGGUACACAGGACUGCACCGUUACACCAUCACCAAGGAGAUGCAGGAGGCUGACGAACGAGUGCAUAAGUUGGUUUUCCGAACCUACCUUCGUCUUUCCACAAAUAAAGAGUCCAAGAUCAGCUUCAUUGACAAGGAAAAGUUUGCUGACCUAAUCUACGACAACUUCAUCUUUGACAUUCCCAAGAUCUUCGACAUCUGUGUUAUGUUUGAGAGAGGAAACCAUGACUUGGUUUGCCGCAUGGUGGAGCACAUCAUGAACUGCCAGCCAAAGUACAACUCAGACCUGAAGGACAUUGAGGACACCAUGCUCAUGGCUUUUGAUAGGGCAGAGCAGUCCAUUCAGUCCCAGGAUGAUGGUGACUUUGAGGCCAUGCCACGGCGCCUGGACGAGGGCAAGGCAGAGUUCUCAGAGCUGUGCCUUAUGCCUUUCUGGAAGCUACUUGAGCGUAUCACGUACGCAGUGGACAUUGCCGCCACCUUGGCAACAUUUCUCAACGUCUACCCGACAGCCGCCAAGAUCUUCACCCUCGUGAGUGUGGGGCCAAGGUUAGCAAGGUUUUUUGAUGCCACCUUUCCUGUACUGAAAGAGGAGCUUGUACGCCGCAACGGGUUGAAGUCUUUUGAACCGGUGUUCUCAAUGAUCAAGAAGCGGCUGUCAUAUGCCAAGGUUUGUGUGCUGAAAGUCUUCCGCUCCUUGCUGCAGCAAUCCUGCCUACAGCCACUCAUUGAGAUUGGGCAGGAGAAGCAGGCUGGAAAAGAGAUUCCUUACAUCGAGUCUUUCUUUGAAGUCAUCUGCGACUGCUUGACAGAGAAACAUUUUAUAGUUUCCUACCAGCAGCGAUACCCAGUUGAAGAAGAUAUUGGAAUGUUUGAACAGUACAACUUCUAUGUAGACAACACACGCUCCCUGUAUGUUCUUCAGAGCAUCAGCGCCAUCUACACUGAGCUGGGCAGUGCUCCGCCCAGCAACCUUUUGAAUGCCCAGGAUGCGGCGGCCAACCCAAGGCAAACACCCAAAGUUCCUGCAUUCCAAACGACCAAUGGGGCUGUGGCAGCAGCUGCAGAACCCAGCAAGGCUGGUCCACCAGAAGAAGAGCUAGGGGCUUGUGGUGGGGAACCAGCAGCAGUACCAUCAUCGGAAUUUCAAAACCUUACAGAACUCUUCCCAGAUCUCUCACCAGAAUUCCUAAAGGAAUGCCUGAAGUACUACAGCAACAACCAUGAUGAAGUGGUGAUGGCAUUGCUGGACAAUAACCUGCCACCUAGUCUUAGUCUACCUAGUGCGUCCACGUCUGCACCUGCGCCACUAGAAAUUGAGCCAAGAAGCAUUUAUGACAAUGAUGAGUUUGACAUCCUGAGAAGAAAUGAUGUGGACAUGUCAAAAAUUCACAUCGGGAAGAAGAGCAAAACUCCCAAGUCAUUAGAUGAUAAAGGCCAUGACAAGGUGCUGAAGGAGGUGUACGAGAAGUACAGCAUAGUGCACGACGUGGUGGAUGGCGAAGGUGUCUACGACGAUGAAUAUGAUGACACCUACGACAGCAACGAUGUGGGUCUCGAGGAGCCAGCACCCGAAGGCGAGCUGUCCACACGCAGGGCUUUCACUACUCCCAGAGUUCUGGAGCAAAAAUCAGGCAGGAGACACAAAGAAAAUCGAUAUGAAGACAAAGAUGGAGACAGCGAGAAAGAGGAGACUGCGCCACGUGACCAGUUUGUUGCAAACCCAGCAGAAAUUCGGGCGCAGAGGGAGAGGCGCUAUCAAGAGAAGAUGGAGCGCUCAGGUCAAGCGCCCCGCAGAAGGGAUGUAAAAGGUGGACCAAAGGGCCAGGGCCAGUCCCGAGACGUGGUCCAGGACAGACAGUUCAAGGAGAGGCACAAGUCAUCCUUUACACACAACCAGAGGGCUCAAGCUGACUACAAGCGCAGCCGCGGCAUGUACUCCUAGCAUCUGCCAGCGAGCUGCGCACAGAUCUCACGGCCACUGGCAACAAUGUGCAAGCGUGUGGCCCCGAUACCUGCAGCGCCACACUGCGAUAACUUCCAGUGUUAUGUCGGUAAUAUUUGUGCGCACAUACACCUGCCAGACACAGCAUCUGCAGCAUGCGUGCAUGGCCCGACAGAUAAUGUUGGCGGUUAUAACAAGGUGGCACUGCUUGUGCUGUAUGUUGAGUUGGUAAAGGAAGCCAGUAUGGGUGGCCCUUCCAACUAAACACCACCGGCUUGUUUGCUUGCACGGAAAUUUUGCUCAGAAGCUGGACUCUGUGGUGGGCUUCAUUCAAAUGCCGCACUCAGAUGGGCUACAUGCCUCACUGCUCUAGAAAAAAUAUUAAGUAUACACUGUGUGCAGUGAUGCUGGAUUGGGAAAGCCAUUUUUGCAGCACAAGGAUAGGUGGUGCGGUCUGUACUAGGGAAGUAAAAUGCAUACCACGUGGGUUGCAGGACAUAAAGCAGUUUCACUCUCCAGGUGACAGAUGGCACCACCAAUUCCACCCCCCUCCUUCUUUUUUAAUGUGCUUUGUUUAUUUUGUCUGGCGUCAUUAUAAACAACCUGUACUUCUGAUCUUUUCUUGAUAAAACAAAAAUAUAGGAUGCAUGCAUGGUAAUACCAAAACAAAGCCCCUCUUCAAGUUUGAUUUCUGCACGAAAUGUGAUUGCAAGCAAGCCACUGAUUUAGAUGGAAGAAGGUUACACGUGGCUUCCUUAAUUAUCAACUCAACAGUCUGUGGCAUUCAAGGCCACGCAUUCAAGUGUUGGUGCCAACAUUUAUGGGGUCUUCGCGAUGAGCACUCUUGUACAGAUGUAGGAACAGUUGACUACACAGUAUAAAAUGCAGAUUGUUUUUGUUUUAUUUUAUUUUUUUGUGAUGCUUUAUUUGCAUGGUGCAGGCUUUAUAUAAUUUAUGUGCAAAUAGUUUGACCUGACCAUGAUGCAAACACUUUUGAAUUUUCCAAAAGGCAUUGAAUGCCUUGCAACUGUAGGAGUCAACUUGUACUUUUUGUGGGGCCCUAUCAAGUGACGACUGCUGAAGGAUGUGCCUUAUGGAGCAAAUAUUUAUCACUCUGGGAGCAUUUCUUACUGUGUGUCCCUUUGAUGCACUUGUGUGUUUCUGUGUUUUAUUAACUGUCUUAUUUUGUGUACAGAAGCAACUGUCUCCUAAGCUGAGUUGCCUUUUUUGUUGAUUUAGCUAAGUAGCUUUACUUCUGCUUUAUGUUUCAUCAGCAGCUACAGAAGUCGCGUUUUAGCUGUUGUCGAAGACAACUCUCAAUACGCGAAGCCUUGUUCAUAUGCAAAAUAAAUGUUCAUGCUGCAACUGCUAAGUUAGCAGUAGCAGCUUUAUUGUUCCACCAGUUUCCCAUUAUAAGAAAAUUGCUUGGACUUCUGGUUCUUUCUCCUUAGUUUUUUUUUAAAUUCAUUUGUGCUGUUGCCUCCUAGUGAAUAAGUUAAAAACCACUUAGCAGCAUUUUAUUUGCACCUGGUAGUUUUCUUUUGUGCGUAAACUUUAUUUUAAAUUGUUCCUAUGAGAGGCUGUCUUUGAAGAGAGAGAAAGUUCAUUCACCAUGAGAAGUACAGAGUUUUUUUUUUUCCCACCUUACUUGCACAGGUAGAAGGUGGUUGAAACAGAGAAGCUUAUGUUUUGUGUCUCUUUUCAGACAGCUCACUUAGAGUUUUAUGAAAUUAAUUUUUUUUUUAUUUGUGACUACCAUGGUCCAUAAAAAAAUUUAAAUUUUUGUCCUGCUUAAGACAAAAGCAGGCUAAGCAGGCCUCAGUAGUACAGUGUAGACCGCUUAUAACGUAAGUCGCCGGAGUCACGAAUAUCUGCACUAUAAGCGGUACCGCACUAUAACCAAAGCAACAAUUUUCAAGGCCCGCACAUAUGCAAAACGUGCACCGAACCGCCACACGUAUGCGACAGUCGAGGAAUGCGGCUAGAACGUUUGCAUUCAAUUUACAGUCGAAUCUCGUUAAUUCGAACCAAAUCACGCGGCGGCGCCUCCGACCGGCAUUGCUCCAGCACCGUCAUAGAGUAAAAGCUUAGGAGAUAACCCUCAAUGUUGCACGCGAACAAAAAAAAAAUGCGGCGGAAAUUUUACCCUCUCUCAAAUGGCAAGGUCGCCGAUUCUGCGUUGCGCCGGAAGGUGCGUGUACGUGCCGACAUCUCAGCCACGCUACCAUAGCCACGCGUAGAAAAUGGCAGUGAACUCUUCUUUCUCCUUUAUGCUUCCUCUACUUUCUAGUCACGUGUUGACCUUGCACACUGCGGCUAUGGCGCAGAGAGAAGCAGCGGCGCUGUCCCAGGCUGGCCAAUGAAACCGCCCACACCGGCAAACGCCCGCUUCCCGAUAACGGCAGAAAACGAAAUUUCUGGGAGCUGGCGCCGGGCCGGCUGGAGCGACGCCUGCACGGCGGCGGGCGCGCACGGUGACAGUCGAAAGUGAGGGAGUUAGGAGGGAGGGCGAGGGGAACCACCGAAGCGGCGGAGUUGCCGAGGCGAAAUCCGCUUCCCUGCCGCCCUCCUCCCUCACAUUCCACGGUCUCCGCGUGCGCCCUUCGCCGUGCCGUGCAGGCACCGCCCGCUCCCCGAAGUUUUGUUUACUGCCGUUAUCAUGAAGCGAGCGUUGGCUGGCAUUGGCAGUUUCGUGGCCCUAGCUCGCUAUGGGCGCCGUGAUAUUUCACGACUCGCACUUCUGGUUGUUCGCACCACGUGCCCUUCUCCUCCACUUCGUCUCUCUUUCUUCCUCGAGCACUCCUUGGGGCGCCCAUUUGAAGGGAACUGGCUGUUCGUUCGCACCUCAUUCCCUUCUCCUCCACUUCUCUCUUUCUUCCUUGAGCACUCCUUGGGGCGCCCGUUUGAGGGGAGUGUUCGCCGUCUCCGCUGACUUCCGUACUCCCAGGCAGCCGUACUGUAACCGGUAUUUCGUUUCUUGCAACUGCACAAGCGAUACGUGUAUACUUGGAGUGCUAUGGGAAAAUUAACGGGAGUCUGAAAAGACCGCACUAUAUCCGGUCCUGCACUAUAAGCGGUUGCGUUAUAACUGGUCUAUACUGUAUUGCCGCAUUUGGAAAGUACAUUAAGUACAAUUGCCCACAAACACACUGGCACUGUGGAGCGUCAGUGCAGCUGAGCAAGCCAUGUAUCAAAGAUCUGCACAGGCGGGGUGAUGCCUAUAGGUAUGUUUUUGCAUUGUCUGCUACAAUGUUUGGGCAUGCCGAUGGAAAUGCUUACUGAAGUCGAAGCAGUCUACUGGGUUUUGGGUGGUGAAACCGCCGUUUGUUAGCAUACGGCAAACAAACUCAACGUUGGCUUGCCGCAGCGGCAAUACCGUAAUAUUCGAGAGAAGCCCCAUCCCCCCCAAAAAAAACACUCCUGUUUUUGGCAUGAUUUGCUAUUUUUUCCAAAACACCGAAAGAUUGCCCCACAAAGGUAAUGUGAAGAAACUUUCGCGGCAAGACAUCGUGAACUUCAUGUCCAAGGCUUGGGCAUCCGUGUCUGAAGAAGUUGUGGCCCAAUCGUUCAAGCGCUCUAGGAUAUCUAUAGGGCCCUUUGCUCUCGGGUGUUACAUUUUUUUUUUAAUUUGGGGGGUAAAAAUCACGUAUUACGUCUAAAGAGGAAAACCUUGAAUAAAUAGGGUGUUUUGUGGUCUGGUGGCCCAAUGUUUGGGAUUUUUCUGAUAAGCUUUACAAAAAAUUAACACAAGCAGUUGUCUCUAGGGUGGUGCGAAUGCCGAAAAGUAGAUUUUGAAUUGGAUAUUGAAUCAAAUCGAGAAAAAAAAUGACGAAUAUUCAAUCGAAUAUCAGAAAAUUUAACACAACUUUUAUGCUUCCAAAUUUCGCACAAAAAGCAGAGUGCUGCAAAUGCUCAGGAGGCUAAUCACAUUACUUAGAAUCUUGCUAGCUUUCAGUAACUUUGGUACCUAUGAAUCGAGACGUAUAGUGUGCUCUACUCUUGUUAAAGGGAACACCAAAUUAGUAUGCCAGCACUGAUAACAACUCAGUUCGUAUACGAAGGUCUGAAAAAUAUUUUUACCCAUAUCAUGUGUCACGAUAUUUUUUUUUCCUAUAUAAUCUUUACUACUACUAAUACUACUGUCACAUAGAAUUAUGUGCUUUUUCCCUCCGAAGCUAAUGAAACAGCGAAGUUGUCCUAAAUAUCAAUGGAGUUUUCAGUUUAAUAGUGAGCCAUACUGCGCUUAAUGGCAAUCUAUAUUGCUUAGAAAGUGUUGCUUUCCAGUUUUUUUUUCCAGAAAACAGUAGGAUUUCCCCACCUUAUAGCUGGUGGUUUUUGUGGCUUAUCAUCAUCUCUAAGGUCAAUCUGUGCGACUGACAAAAUUCAGGAAUGCGCAUCAUGUCACCUGGCACUGCUCUGCGUGGUCAUCAGUGAAGCACACUUUAACCGCAGGCGCUAAAGAGUUCUCAAAUUGGGAGGCCCACGGCACGCUCCCACAACGUCCCCCCCACCCCCUUUCUUUUUCGUUCGCGUCCUUAAUCACCCGUGUAAAUGCGUCUGCAACUGGGGGUCAGCGCACUAUCACGUGAUAUUUUCGAGCCCGCCAUGUAAAUCUAUAUCUUUUCUUGUGACGGGUCGCUCGAAGCUACGAAAGGAGACCCUUGUGUGCCUACUAGUGGCAUUUGGAACAAGGGACCACUGUACGGUAUUUCGCAAAGAUGGCGGCCGUGAACAUGCAUCGGCCAUCCCUUGUACUUGCUUUCAUUGUCGAGGCAAUUUGUUGGCUUUCUGAGGGUCGUGCGACCGCUGUGAAUAGAUCUGCGUUAAUUUGGAACCGCACCGACGCCGAACGACACAGUUCCGAUUAGGCGUAACGUGCUAGACAGUGUGGCCGAAAAUUAAAACUUGUUGCUAAUAAGUUCCUACGGGGGGUUCAUCAGUGAUCAGUUGUGAAAUCACGCGUAGGAGUUAGAUUUAUGGCCAUUGAAGGUGGAGUUUGGGUUCGCAAUCAACCAGCCGGCAACUACUGCAAGCGUGCGUGCCAAGUUGAUCUGUGUGCUCGCAUAUGUAGAAAGGUCUGAACUGCGCAAAUCUGCGUAUGUGAACACUGAACUCACGUAUUCAGUGCAAUCAGCUAAUCCAGUGGCUAAUCAGCUCUAUCUUUGCACAUGCUUCUGUGCUGUCCACACAAACUGCUUUUAGUGAUCCCUUUGUUCGCUUAACAUUAAUCGUUUCAAUCAGUAUCGUCAACCUGGUCGAACCUUGUACUGACAGAGAUUGCGUGGUGUGGGAACGCUGCACCCGUAAGGGCACAGACUAUGGCUGGGUCAUUCACUGAAGAUACUGAUAUUCGAAAAAUCGAAUAUUAAAUAUUAGAUUUGCAGAUCAGAUUAUUUGAAUGUUCACUAUUUGAUUCGAAAUCGAGUAUUCGCACACCCCUAGUCUCCUUUCGGGCGCAAAUGUUCUAUUUGAACAAGUGAAAUCACUGACAAGAACAUGUAAUGGCAAAGAGAGCAGCUGGCAAAUCAUGUAAUGAACUCGCCUCUACAAAUCCUUUUUGUCAGGCAUUAUUAGUAUAUUUAAAAGGCCACAUUAACAAAAACAAGAAAUAAAGACAGGUUUUGCGAUCCCUUGUUAAUUUGGUCUCUGCACUUUUUUUAACAAAGGAAGAGAAGUAAAAAAAAAGUUGUGCACACGGGCAUGCUUCAAAGGGGGUGUGAUGCUUUCCCUUAUCUUACAAGCUCUUGUUGACGUACAUUAUCAUGUGCAUUGGAACCAAUCCUGUGUCCAUCUCGGACCUCUCGAGCAUCUCUUCUUUAUCUAUUGCUGUCCUGUUUUACUAGUUCCCAAUACCGCCCUUUUUUGCUGGUUGCCAGUCGCACUUCUUUGAAGGUAAUGUAGCUGGGGAGACAUCCUCUCAACCUCACAGCUUCUGUUCACAAUGGCAGAGCAACAUCAACACUUCGUUAAUUGGCUUCUUACUGCAUUACCGCCGUUUACUGGUAUGCGACUUGUGGGAAAUGCAAUGGCAAUGUCCCUUAUUGUAUUCUUGUAAGCACGGCUACCAAAAAAAAAAAACAUGAAGCUUUUGUUCACUCAACGCUGGCAGGUGCUCAAUAUAUUAUGUUUAUAUAUGCCAGUUUUGCUUGAGUGUUGCGUUUUGCUUGAGUGUUGCGAAGUUGCGUUUGGGGUCUCUGAGCAGCAAGCUGACAACUACUGUGAAUGCUUGCCAGAGUUUGUUUACUAGCUGGAAAGACAAAAUGUUGAUAGCUUGUGUGUAGGCAGUAAAAUUUGCGCAGCAGGGCCGAAAUUGUCUGUGUUGUGUUGACACGCAGUAUACGUCAUGCUUUGCUACAGGCUAAAUUCUGAGCAAAGGUGUGGUCUUUAGUGUGGAGUUUUCCACUAAGUAUUAUCACCCUGAAAUGCAACAGGGGAUAAAAACUUAUAAAAACAAUUAUGCAAUUUUUUUUCCACACUUCUUUAUAAUUUACAUUUUCAUCGUCAACUUUGCAUCUGAAAAGUAGGUUGGCAACAGUACAUGAAUUCAGUUUGUGGGUGUCAGUUAAGCACCUGUUCUCUUGUGAUAAAUAAAUUUUAAAAGCAUAAUUGCAUAUUUUUCUCGGUUACAAAAGAGUGUGUUAUCAAAUAGCCACUCAUGACAUGUAUCAGUCUUGUUCUCAAUGUAGCAAGCAGAAGAGUACUAUUUAAUGGGUUUGGGUCACUGCAAUGGAAUGGUACAAGAUUGGGGUCAGCACUUUGAAAAGAAAUAAAUACUUCAAAGCCGGGGCAGAUGUGUACUUUCAAGCAUAACAGUAGUGCUUGUUUUUAUGGCUAUUAUUAUAGGAAGAAAUGUUUGCCAUUACUCUAUGAGGGCCAAGCUCAGGCAACUUGUUUUUGUGCUUAAGUUCUUGUAUACAGAAGUUGCGCGGAAUCCUGUGAUAUAGUGUCACACCUGACAAAAUGUGUAUGGAAGAAAUGUUUUUCAAUGAAACAGUUUGCUCUUGGUGCAAGUGUACAUGCUUUUUUUUUUUUCAGUGGCUAUGUGUACAAACUUACAAGAACCACUGAUUUGCUAUGUACAUUAAGAAAGUGUACAGUCGC